AUGGAGUUCACGGCGUCGCCCAAGCCCCAGCUCUCCUCGCGGGCCAACGCCUUCUCCAUCGCGGCGCUCAUGUCCAGCGGCGGCCCCAAGGAAAAGGAGGCGGCGGAGAACACUAUCAAACCGCUGGAACAAUUUGUGGAGAAGUCAUCCUGUGCCCAGCCCCUGGGUGAGCUCACCAGCCUGGAUGCCCACGGGGAGUUCGGUGGUGGCAGCGGAGGCGGCAGCAGCCCAACUUCCUCCUCCCUAUGCACGGAGCCCCUGAUCCCCACCACCCCCAUCAUCCCCAGCGAGGAAAUGGCUAAAAUCGCCUGCAGCCUGGAGACCAAGGAGCUCUGGGACAAAUUCCACGAGCUGGGCACAGAGAUGAUCAUCACCAAGUCUGGCAGGAGGAUGUUUCCUACCAUCCGGGUGUCCUUUUCCGGCGUGGAUCCCGAGGCCAAGUACAUAGUCCUGAUGGACAUCGUCCCGGUGGACAACAAGAGGUACCGCUACGCCUACCACCGCUCCUCCUGGCUGGUGGCUGGCAAGGCCGACCCACCGCUGCCUGCCAGGCUGUAUGUGCACCCAGACUCCCCUUUCACUGGCGAGCAGCUACUCAAACAGAUGGUGUCUUUUGAAAAGGUGAAGCUCACCAACAAUGAACUGGAUCAGCAUGGCCACAUCAUUUUGAACUCGAUGCAUAAGUACCAGCCCCGGGUGCACAUCAUCAAGAAGAAGGACCACACGGCCUCGCUGCUCAACCUGAAGUCGGAGGAGUUCCGGACGUUCAUCUUCCCAGAGACGGUUUUCACAGCGGUCACUGCCUACCAGAACCAGCUGAUAACCAAGCUGAAAAUAGACAGCAACCCCUUUGCCAAAGGAUUUCGGGACUCCUCCAGGCUCACGGACAUGGAGAGGGAGAGUGUGGAGAGCCUCAUUCAGAAGCAUUCCUACGCCCGCUCGCCCAUCCGCACCUACGGAGAGGAGGACGUGCUGGGGGACGAGGUGCAGACAGCACAAACCCGAGGGUCGGCCUUCACCACAUCCGACAACUUGUCUCUCAGCUCCUGGGUGUCGUCUUCGUCCAGUUUCCCCGGAUUUCAGCACCCACAGUCCCUGACGGCUCUGGGCACCAGCACAGCGUCCAUAGCAACGCCCAUUCCUCACCCCAUCCAGGGCUCUCUGCCGCCCUACAGCCGCCUGGGCAUGCCCCUGACGCCCUCGGCCAUCGCCAGCUCCAUGCAGGGCAGCGGCCCCACGUUCCCCUCCUUCCACAUGCCCCGGUACCACCACUACUUCCAGCAGGGCCCCUACGCCGCCAUCCAGGGACUGCGCCACUCCUCCGCUGUGAUGACGCCUUUCGUAUGA